CGGGGUCCGUCGAUAUUGCGCAGCGAAAGCACAGCAUCAUGUCGAAUUCGAACACAAACAAGCAGAGAAAGCAGCUGGCGGGCGAGAGGACGUUGCGGACCACCACUCGACCCCCAGAAACCACGAGAAACUCUGGCGCUAACGUAGCGAUCGCCGACCGCCCGUUGGCAAGCCUCCCGUCCCAGGCGUCCCAGGCGUCCCCGUCUCUCGGCGCCGCCCGCGAGCUUCCUCCACCGUCUUUCCAACUCCACGCUGCUGAGCACACCGAGUUCUGCCAGGUCACCGCCGUCCUCAACGAAGCCAGCACCGGCGCGGGUCACCUGGCACCCACACAUUCUCAUCACCACCACCACGCGCUGCCCACCGAGGCCAUUCCCGCCCUAGACACCUUCAAGCGGAACUGGUACCAGGACUGGUUCAAGGACCGCUCCGUUGAGAAGACUGACCCCUAUGGCUUCACUUCUGCUGGGACAAGUACCGCGACAAGCCCGAAUGUCAGCAGAGCCGGCACCCCAGUACCCGCAGUGGGCGGCAACUAUGCCACUGCACGCCGCCAAAGUCUGGACCAACAGCACGCAGCGACUGGCUAGGUGAGAUUGUGAGAAGCACAGCGCUGACCCGGUCGAGUCUUGCAGUAUUCGUGAUAUUAUUGUAUUGACGGCGUUGGGAGUCUUAUAAGUGUGUCUUCUGAGAGGCUCUUUUUCACAGGCUUUAACGUGAGAAUAGGCGUUAUAUUGAGCAU